CUUCCCAAAGCUCACCGCGCUCCGACGACGUACAACGUGUGCGCCUCGGUUAGCAACAUGCGGGAUGGAUGUGUUGACAACGUGUGCGCUCAGAAAUAAGUUAUUUACCACAGCGGUCUGAAUAUUCAGGUUUUUGGGGGCAUUUCUCGUGAUCAACAUGGCGAAUACAAACCUUCAGUUCAAAACAAAUUUUGCUGUUUCCAGCAAGAUCGAGCCGUUUUACAAGGGAGGAAAAGUGCAGAUCAGCAAAGAUGAAAAGUACAUCUUCUGCACUUGUGGAUCUCGCGUCAAUGUUUUGGAGAUCAGCACGGGGAAGAUCAUCCACAGCGUGGAGCAUGAUGAUCAAGAGGACAUCACAUCUUUCGCACUCAGCUGCGAUGAUGAGAUGCUGGUAACAGCUAGUAGAGCUCUGCUGCUGAAGCAGUGGGACUGGAGGCAAGCUCAGUGUGCUCGCUCCUGGAGAGCCAUUCACACUGUUCCUGUAGCCAGCAUGACCUUUGACUCCACCUCUACCCUCCUGGCCACAGGUGGCUGUGAUGGCACUAUAAAGCUUUGGGAUGUGGUGAAGCAGUACUGCACCCACAACCUGAAAGGGUCAUCUGGCGUUGUACAUCUGGUCCAGUUCCACCCGGACAUCAACAGGCUGCAGCUCUUCUCCUCCUCUCUGGACUGCGGCAUUCGGCUGUGGGACCUGCGCUCCAGUCAGUGUGUGUGCGUGCUGCAGAGCCACUUCAGCGCUGUCACCUCCCUCAGCUUCAGCACCGACGGUGACACCAUGGUCAGUUCUGGCAGAGACAAAAUCUGUACAGUGUGGGACCUGAAGAGUCAGAAAGCCAAGAGAACUGUACCGGUCUAUGAGGCUGUGGAGGGUGUUGUGCUUCUGCCUGAGAACGAGGACUUCUCUCAGAUCGGAGUGAAGAGCAAAGACUUGCAUUUCAUCACCGCUGGCAGCAAAGGUGUAUUGAGAGUGUGGGAUGCCAGCACGGCAUGUUGUGUCUACGCCCAGACCCUCGCCACAGUCUCUGAGGAGGAGGACGACGACGACAACCCCCGCGGUCUAACGUACCUCCUUCACCUGCCCGCCUCCUCCAGACUGGCCACAGUCACAGCAGAACACAACAUACUGCUCUACCAGCUGCCUGGUUUCACCACACAGCAGCAGUUUGUGGGUUACAGCGACGAGGUGCUGGACGUGAAGUUUCUGGGCAAAGACGACAGCCACAUCGUGGUGGCCACCAACAGCAGCCAGCUGAAGGUGUUCGAGCUGCUCACUAACAGCUGCCAGAUCCUGUACGGACACACGGAUACUGUCCUCUCGUUGGACGUGUUCAGGAAGGGUUCUCUCUUUGCAAGCUGCGCAAAGGACAGGUCAGUGCGCGUGUGGCAGAUGGACAGUGACAGUGGUGAGGUGUGCUGUGUCGCUCAGGGCUCCAGCCACACUAAUGCUGUAGGCUCCAUCUCCUGCUCCAGAAUGAAAGCAUCUUUCAUCGCGUCUGGCAGUCAGGACUGCACCGUCAAGGUGUGGAACCUGCCAGCAGACUUGUCUACGACCGGGACAGACAUGCAUCAGCUGACCCCACGCGCCACAGAGAAGGCACAUGAUAAGGAUGUAAACAGCGUAGCGGUCUCGCCCAAUGACAAGCUGCUGGCUUCGGGCUCCCAGGACCGCACGGCCAAACUGUGGUCACUGGCAGGGGACGGGAACAUCGGCCUGCUGGGGGUGUUUCGGGGACACCGUCGCGGCGUCUGGGCCGUCUGCUUCUCACCCGUCGACCAGGUGCUGGCCACGUCCUCUGCAGACGGCACCACCAAACUGUGGAGCCUGCAGGACUUCAGCUGCCUCAAGACAUUCGAGGGUCACGAUGCGUCAGUUCUGAAGGUCGUGUUUGUGAGCCGAGGCACUCAGCUGCUCACCAGUGGCUCCGAUGGUUUAGUAAAGCUGUGGACCAUCAAGACAAAUGAGUGCGUGAAGACGCUGGACGCCCACCAGGACAAAGUUUGGGGUCUGCACGGUAGCCGCAAAGACGACAAGAUGGUGACCGGCUCGGCUGACUCUAACAUCACCGUGUGGUUGGAUGUAACCGAGGUGGAGCUGGCAGAGGAGCAGGCCAAGCAGGAGGAUCAGAUACUCAAGCAGCAGGUGUUGUCCAACCUGCUGCAUGAGAAGAAGUAUCUGAAGGCCCUGGGUCUCGCCAUCUCACUGGACCAGCCUCACACUGUGCUCACCGUGAUCAAAGCGAUCCGUCAGGUGGAGGAUAGCAGCGAGCUGUUGAAGAAGACGGUGUUGAAACUUCGAGUGGAUCAGAAAGAGUCGCUCCUGCGGUUCUGUGUGGUCUGGAACACCAACGCCAGAAACUGUCAAGAUGCUCAGGCCGUCCUGCAGGUCCUCCUCACGCACCUGCCGCCCGAGGAGCUGCUGCAGUACCAGGGCGCCCGAAGCCACCUGGAGGGACUCAUCCCAUUCACAGAGAGACACAUGCAGAGGAUCGGCAACCUGCUGCAAGCCUCCAUGUUCUUGAACUACAUGUGGCAGAAGAUGAGAGUGGCCGGAGCGCCGUCCAGCAUGGGCCAGGAUGAAGAAAUGGACACAACUCCUCUCGCACAGCCGUUCUUUACGAUAGACAAGGAGAAACCUAAGGGCAGCGGCGAUGAGGAGAAACGUGAUGGGGAUGACAGCGAAGGUGGAGAAGAUGAAGAUCCAAACUGCCCAGCUGAUGAAGAAGAAGAAGAGGACGACGAGGUCAGUGUCACCAAGAAAGCCUCUACCAGCGAGGGGCGAGUAGAAAACGGAAAGAGCACCAAAACAAAUGGCAACCAUCACUCUGAAAGUGAGGAGAGUUCAGAAGAGGAAGACGUGGAAGAAGACGAGAAGGAGCAAACGACCGUACAGGGGAUAAAACGUCUCCCAGUUUCUUCCACUCAACAAUGCCAGACGUUUGCCAGCUGACAGGGAUCUACAAGCUGACUCAUUCCUCGUCGUCUCAUCAUGGACCAUUAGCUGGAGUGACACACUGUAUGUGUGUAACAGCACAGGAAGAGACAGGUGUGGAGUGAUGAUAAUACAGAUAAUAGGCCUCUCUGUGCAUUCCCCGUCUCUGCAGCUGAGGCGUAAAGACUCUCUGUCUUGUGCCAAAUUGUGCAUCAGUUCUUCCGUUCGGAGUUUGGAUUUGAAGAAAAGUAACCAGCCCGAUGUUAUCAGAGAAAAUGGAGGUUAGGGAUGAAAAGAUGUAAAAACUGUAGGGAGAAAGAGCUCAGGCGUCCACCCUCCCCCCUAGUGCAGAUACCACCACCCGUCGACUAGUCCUGCGAUAUGUAAUCCUGAUCUACUGGCUCGACCACAACAACACAAAAGGUUCUUUUAUCUAAACAUUUUUUAUGUCAUGACAACAAAUGUUUAUAAAAUAAAAAAAAAACAUGUUCUUUGUGAGUUAAAAUGAGUUGUGUUUUUAAGAUGAUGAUGUGUACAAAAUGCCCAAGGAGUGGAGUAGGAGUGUCACCACUGUUCUAUAACUGCUUAAUGGAAACACGGUGAAAAUUCCUGCAGGGCGUGUUGAGGUUAGAGCAGAGUUUACUUAAUCUCCGCUGUCUCAAUCAAUCAAACAGAUUUCAAUUAUUACUUCGGAACUUUUGGCUGCACGACAUGAUCCAAAGAUCUAACUCAUACUGACGUAUAUGCAGGUGCUGCAGAGGAGUUAUGUAUUAUGGUUGUAAGUUACACACGGGUGGAGAGCUUAAACUGCAAAUUGAUCGACAAAAUUAAAUCAGCAAUCAUCUCUGAUGACCAGGUUUCCUCACGUUGGAGAGUUGACUGCUGUUAUUUGUCUUAAAUCAAAUCAAAUCAAAUCAAUUUUAUUUGUAUAGCCCAAAGUCACAAAGGACAUUUGCCUCAGAGGGCUUUACAAUCUGUACAGGGAGUGACACCCUCUGUCCUUAGACCCUCGGUUCCCUCGGUAUACUAUAUGUAUAUCUUGUGACAAGCUCUUCAGGGUGUUUUAUACACCAAAUGAUUCAUCAAUAGUUGUUGAUUACCGCCAUAAACUGGUGUGUUUCAAAGAUAGAUACAGUAUAAAUGUUAGUUUACUCAUCAUGAGGUGUACUACUCAGCCUGAAAACAGUUGUAUAACAUGGUUUGGCACUCGGGAGCUUUGUAAAGAGGGAGAAUAUCCCUGAUAAUGAUUAUCUCAUACUGGGCUUUAAGCUCGAAAUUCAUAAGAGUUCGAAGGACAGGAGCCUCUUACAAGACAGCGUGUCUUGGAUGCAUGAUGGGAAAUGUAGGAUCCGUGUAUUUGGAAAUAUUUAAAGUAUGUUACGUGAGAUUUAAACAGAUACAAAGACAACUGUUGAGUUACGUUCCCCCAAAAUGCUUUAAUUGUUCCAAGCUCUUCAGUAACAUGUGAAUACACAUUGCCACAUAGUCAGACUUACAUCCUAUCCUUUAAGUCGAGUUGGCUGUAAACAGGAAAAAGCAGUCUGUACACAUUCUUACACACAGUGGCACUAUCUCAGACAAAUGUUU